GGACCACAGGUUCUUGACCCACGCGCAGACUCCUUCUACAACUGGGACUCCUUUCCAUGAGCGGAGGCCGUUAGAGCGUUCCGUGUCAGAGCGUUCCAGGUCAGAGGGUUCCGCAGAACUUGGUAGUGAAGAUAAAGACGAUAAUACUCAUAACCCAUCACAGCGCAAAGCACCUAGUGAAACACGAGCAAUAAGAAUAUAUUCACUCGGUGAGAACAGCAGUGGAUAUGAUGGUAGAGAAGGAGAACGCAGACCACCCUCCAACGCCAACUACAAGAGCGAGAAGAAUAAUUAUCACGACGCUGAUGAACGAGCCCGCCUUCCCGGGAACCACAGCACCGCCGUAAUUCGUCAUGGGCCUAUACGAGAUCAUCAUCAUCUUCCCGCCAUCUCGAGAAUUACGUCAUCCUCAUCACCAGGAGCAUUUGGCACAAGGGGAAAUCCCUUUGCGAUGAUAGAGAUAUGAUAAGGAUAACGAAGGUAAGCGGUUUUUUUGUUUUCCUCGUACUGUAUACCCCAUUAUUCUAUUGUGCUACCCCGACCACCUGACUGGCUCCUCCCUACAACCAUACAUGUACCAUGGAGGGAGGCCCCCCUGUGGAUGGGGCGGCGGUGGCGUCGGCACGCCCUUUCUUCCGCGGUGGUGCCGUGUAAGGAUUACCAGGGGCGAAGGCCUCAAAAGGCGGGCCGGAGUCCCCUGACGGCUCUCCGCGUGUACCCCACAGGCGUCCCGACUUUUGGGCCCUAUUAGGGGGACGGCCUCGGGCGGCAGAAGGCGGCGACGGUCGCGAGGCCUGGCCCCUUUGGCCCUACUCCCCGCAAUUGCUGGCAGCGCCAGGCGCCAGCAAACCCCCGGGGGGUCGAGGACCAAAGGCGAGGAGGAUAGGGGGCAACGCGUGCCCGCCUGGAUGCUGUCGGAUACAUGCAGCACGGCGAAAGGUCUCAAGCUUUCCCACCUGCUGCCUUCGGAGGCCUUCCAACCUCCAAGAAACUCCCCCAGUGAAGGGCCUGCGCCCGGGAGGUCUGCAGGGCUGUACACGCAAAACGGCAAGGGUGUCAAGCUUUGCCGCCUUAGGAAGCCUUCCACUCCCGGCCGUCGGUGCUUGAACGGCCACGGGCGCUUGGCUCUUGUAGGGUACACGCAAGGAGCCGCGAGGGCGCCAAGUUUGGCGUUUGGAGGCCUUCCUGCCUGGAAGUCCCUCGAAAAAGAGGGCCCGGGGCUGGCGGCCCCCUGCCUCGAAACUCCACACGGGGGGCCUUCGUUCAGCCUUGAGCCCUGGGACGCCCCCCCGCUCCAUCCACAGGGGUGGGCCUCCGUGGAACCUUGCGAGCGUCUUAUCCACCUGAGGAGCGUGACGCGCGAGGGGGUAUCAGCGUGACGCGUGGUGGCGUGCUGACGCGCCUAGGAGCGUGACGCGCGCGGGGGUCUGAGCGUGACGGCGUGACGCGCGCGGGAGCGUGACGCGCGUGAGAGCCUUAUCGAAGCGCGUGAGGGUGUGACGCGCUUAGGAGCAUGAUGCGCGUGAGAUUAUUAGCGAAGUGCGUGAGGGUGUGACGUGCUUGGGAGCGUGACUCGCGUAGGAUUAUUCGCGAGGUGCGUGAGGCGGUGACGGCGGGGCGCGUGGCGUGGGGCGUCGGACGCUGGGGCGUGUCGAAAAGUGCGCGACUUAGGACGUGGCGCGCCGCCGUGGCGUAUGGCAAUGCCACACUUGGGGGCGUGGCGUAUGGCGUCGUCAUGUGUGACGGCGUGACUUCGGACGGCGCGGCGUGUGGACUGACGGUGUGACGUGUGACGGCGGGAGGGUGUGGCGGUGUGUUGUCUGUGUGUUGGGUGAGGUGUCUGCGAGGGUGUUGCGAGCAUGUGCCCCGCAUCCCAUAGAUGGGCUGCCGGGCAUUGCCUUCGCGGGUGGCUUGUCUAUUUGUUUCGUUGCUGUGGUUGGGUCUAUAUCUCAUCCCCACGUUGCUGCCAUGCAUUGUUUGUCUGGCGCCUUCGUGGUCGUGUCAGGAGUCUUGUUUGCCAACAGGUCGCCCGCGCCCACGGAUGUUCCCCAGAUUGUCAGGUCUCCCACAGAUAUUCCCCAGAUCGUCAGGCUUCCUACGGGUGUCGCGACUGUCAGGCGCGCGGCGUCACGCUCGAAAGCGUUACGCGUCACGCAUGGGAGCAACCGCGUGCUUCCUCCUUAUAGUAGGGGGGCGGGAAAGGGGGGAAGGUUUAGGUCUGCGGUCUAAAGGACGCUCGCCAGGUCUUACGGGGGCCCCCACCCCUUGAACAAAUAUAGGCUAUAAAGUGGCGACUAGCUUUACCUUUAGCUUUUUACAACAUCCGUGGCAAACAGAAGAGGAAAGCCAUACGUUGUCUGUAUCUGUAGCCCACUCGUAGAACUAGAAGCGCGGUCUUAGUGGUGUCCGAAAAAUCGGAGAAAAAUUAGCACGUCCCUUUUGUGUUCAUAUAGCAGGUCGGAUACGGAAGUCGAUGUCUCAUGCAACCCCGCACGAACGCACAGGAGAGAAGAUAUCCUACGUGCGAUGCAAAAACAAAAGCCAGGCAGACAUCACGAUAAGGGUAACCCUCAUUUUAAGGCUAGCUUCUGCACUGAACUUUGUGCGAGUCUACCGCGGAAAAUACGCGGGUAGGUUUUGACUUAUCGGAACUCGCUCGCAAAGUGCGCAGGUAGGUUUUGACUUAUCGGAACUCGCUCGCACUACAAAAAAAAAAACGAGGUUAAUUGCGUUGCAUUGUAGCAAUUUCCACCCAGUUUUUUAUCGAACAUCUUUAUUCGAGCUGUUUCCAAAAAGAAAAUAGCGAAUAGAUGCUCCAAAAGAGGGCAGCUGACGUUGCCCGUAUCUAUGUAUACUUCUUCUACUUCCGCCCUCUUCGUGCUGUGUGUGCUUAUCGAGUGCUAUGUAUAGCGCCAGGACAAGUGUUGAAAUUAGGUUGAGUAGCUAGUGGGGACAACAUGAAUAUCGAAGUCUGUUUGCAUAAUUAUUUCAAUUUUUCAUCCGUGGAAUUUUUGGAACUGAAAACACCUACUCCGCAUAAUAGAAACCAUCGCUAAGAUUAUUUGGGUGCAGCACGUUAAAGGCACGGAUGUGUGGGGUAACUCCGAUUUCAAUUGCUGCCAACAAGCCGCGUGUGAUAUACAAACGGAAGAAUAUGGGCCAUGUUCUUAAGGAGGUCCACAAUUUUAUUUGAGAGUACCACGUCCCCGACCCAUGUCAAGUGUGCGCUGUUAUCUCGCCAUCCUCGGAGGAUGUAUUAAAUGAACCUUUCUUGAAGAUCCAAAGUUCUGAAGACAGUUAUCCACGAUGCCUUGUUUUCAACACAGGGAGGGAGUAGAUUUCAGAGAGAGACGAGAGAAGUGGCAGCGGCCAGCGGGGGAGCGAAUUUCACUCUAGUAUUCUUUAGAAUAUUAUAAGGAUCAAAGGCGUAAGUAGGGGGGCGUUGGCAGUAGAGCUGCAGUUGAUCGCAAUGCUGUGAAGCCUGGAGCCUCAUCCGGCUAUCGGAGUGGCUAUGUAUAUCAAUCUUUCUGGUCCGCGCCGUGUCUUAAUUCCGAAACCCACUACACGCCCUCCCCUACUACUGAGGUAAGACACGGCUGAGCAGUGUGCGCCGUCGCACCCAGGAGUAGUUACGCCUGGGGUCAGUUAUUCGCCGACGACGAGGCCCAACUCUUAGGUCAAUAGACCUAGGGUCCCGGCGUCCGCUCUUACAGUUUGGCUGCCUUUCUUUGUAUUCUGUGGGACACCGUCACCCGCCCCCUCCGCUGGAACAUAGGACUCGGCGCAGUAUUUCGCUUCCUCUGGCAUGAAGUGCAAUAGCGUAGGCUGUGUGUCGUAUAGUUACAUAUUUUUUGCGAAGCUCUUAACUACACCGGUCGCGCGCCUGUCUUGUCUUAUCAGGGACUGCCUGGGGUGUGAUUUAUUAUGAAUACCAUGUUGCUGCGCCUGCGGCAUAUACGAGGCCCAUGAGCAUGAUCCACACCAGUCGGGUGCAUGUCUGAGGCACUCAGCCUGUCGGGCUCUAGGCACGCUACUCCAAACGCGCCGGCCAGUGCUGGCGCGGGCGUCUUCGUGGUGUCUUUUACGCUUUCUUAACACCCUCACCAUUUAAAGGCGCUGCCUGACCACUGCCGCAAAUGGUUUCCCUUUCUCUCAGUCGUUUCGCCCAGAUCAGUCUUUCCAAGUGAACAACUAAGCACAGAGCAAGAAUGACCACAAGCAGAGUCGUGGGCGUAGCUGCCCACACUCAUAGGCCAAAGGAAGGGCUUUGCUUGGCUGGGCCAGGUGGUGUGGUAUGGUUAUUAAAGUUUACGCGUGUCAAGUGGUGCAUGUGUAUAGCGACAGACUCCGCACGACCGUGUCUAGCUUUGUGAAAGAGCCCCGAGCGUGCCAAUGUUGGUGGAGUGCUUCGGGCGUUCGUGUGAUGUGGCGCCCAUCUUAUUCACUGUGACUGCAUGAAGAAGAGGGCGGAGGGCUCCACGCCUGCGCCUGUCAUGAUCGUGAAGGCCUCGCGCAUCAACCCCAUCGAACCAAAGGCAACCAGGUCCAAACCUUUGCGGGGUAGGGCUUACUACACACUUGUGACGGUAUUGCUCUGUCGCGCAGGAUUUGUGACUGAUCUUCUGCACCCCCACAAACUAAGCAGCGAGCCCCUCCUAGGUAGUUUAUGGCGAAGGCAUUGGGCUGAGCUUACCAAUCUUGGCCCGGGCAGGCGAUCAAAGUAGACGCUUGUUCCCCUACGCAUGGCAGAUCCGUGCGUGCCUGAUUUCUAUGCGUGCUCUGCCUUUCUCUGCCUCAUCUGGCAUAUUUCAUAAUGUAUGCAAGAAAUUCGUGAUCUCUGAUUGAUGUAAGCAGGCGAUGGGAAUGUUAUUCGUUUUGUUUUCACGAAUUGGCAGCGCUAAUCUUCGGAUUGGCCUUUUCCCCCCUCAGGCCGAGGCCGCUGGCCGCAUCCCAAAUAAUAUAAAAACUAUACAUGAUGAUGAUGAAGAUGAUGAUGAUGAUGAUUCUCGACUGGGGUCUUGGAUCUACUCACGUAAAGAAAUUCCAUAGCCCCUACUAUCUAUGCUCUAGGUAGGCCAUUAUCAUGAAAUGUGGAGGAAAAUAAAUAGCUGCGCCCCUCUUCUUCUUCUUCUUCCUCUUCUCCUUCGUGUCUAAUGUGCCUUUGACUGCAGUGGUUUGGGGUGGAGAUGGAGGAAGACUGGGUGUCGAGUCCACCUGAGUGAAAAGGGCACGGAGUGCUGGAACGGCCAUGGAGCACACGUCCAAGUAUGCUUCAACAAUUUCGAUUUCAAUUAAGGCGGGGCGCGUCACUAUCGUUCAUCUUCUUCUGCUGCUGCUUGCAUGCAUCUUGUAGCAUGCAUUCCCGUUCUCUGUAGUAAAAAGUACUAUCACGCCAUGAGCAUGACUUUUAACAAUCGGCUGAAAACUUCAGACCAGGAUUCUUCUCGUAUAAAAAGCCCUGGUAUAAGAAAAAGUCGACGCGUUUUUUUGGUGAUGAUCAAUCUAGAUCUCUCUCAUGUGCUUAUCAGAAGUAGAAGUCUUGGGGGGCAGUUGUGUUGCAGUAUUAGCUACCUGCGGCGAAGAACAAGACCCCGACAAGAGGAGGCGGGCACACUUUGUCCCCACACGAAGAGAACUCUUCCUAUAUUUAUGCACUGGAGGAGCUUGCGGGGGAAGUGGUUGAUACUAACUGGCGAGCUAACUCAGCCGAGAGAAGAGCCGCGCCCUCUGGGAGGUUCUUGGACGACGGUCGGCAAGUAUUUGCCGGCCGGGGGACUACUAGGGAGAGGGUUGGGGGCAACGGGCCCCGCCGUGCGUAGUGCGAAAAAUGCACCCACGCGCGACGCCGCUGGUGGGUGCGCUGGUGCAUCCCAGCGAAGGCGAACCUCGGCCCGCGCCCCAGUGGGAGGCUCGGGCGGGAGCGUCAAUGCUACACCCGCGGGGCGGAGUUCACAGGCAGAGCGGUGCGGAGCAGACCGGGCGGGCUGCCGGCGCACGGGCCAAAGCGCCUGCGCGUGGGCCGCUGGGGGGCCGGCGCGCCCUUCGGCGGUGCGGUGGGCAGGCGCGCGGCGCGCUACCCCUACGCGGGGUAGAGGUCUCUGCUUCGGCUGGGGGUGGCGCCUGUGGCGGCGCGUUUUUUUCUUAGCCUCAAGCUGAAAACUAGGUGGGGCAGGUCCAGUCUCAUUCUCGCAAAAAAGUCCAGGGAUUUUCUGUGUGCGUAGAAGUCGCUAUCUAGAAAGCUAGCGUCUAUUCUCACUCUACAGCUUCAGGGGUAGACACACCUUCAGCACUGUGACGCGGGUGCUGUGCCUCUCGUGUAGAACGCAGAUGCAAUAAACCGAAGCACCGACCUCAGUGACAGCGCUCUAAUUACGCAUUGCGCAAUAUGACUACGAAUCAUGUGGAGGCGACAGGUAUUGCGUGACGCCUUGUUAAGGCGUAUGAAUAUGAAUUGUAAAACUUUCAGGUUGGUUCACCAGUUUCAUCAGUAGAAGCCUGGCGAUACUUACAUGAAAUCGCUCUGAUCGAAUUCGAAGAUCAUGAUUCUUGGACCCCCUUUGCUGAACUAGAGAAAAGCUCACUGUAGUCACUGGAGUCUAUCUUCUUCCUCUAUUUUUUUGCUUGGCACGGGCCGAGGUCUUGGCACAUCACUCAAGUGAAAAGAAUGAUAACGUAGAACGAGCUUGAGCUUGAACUUGGUUGGUGUAAUCGUGCGCGGUGAGAUGUCAUGAGAGUGUUGAUGAAUUAUAGUCACAGUCGCAAGUUAGUAGUAGAUGUAGCCAAGGAAUGAGCUUUAGUAAGAUGAUCCUCCGUUCCUCAACGUCUUCUAAUUUGGGACUGAAUGGCGCCCAAGCCAAGAGGACUGCAACAGGAGAAGUGAAACGCGGAUCAGGUCUCGAGAGUUAAGCGUUGCAAGUGGCUCCAAUUUCCUCCUCUCUCGUAGGUAGCUGUAGCAUGUCUAUGACUUUUUGAAGGGAGUAGCGGGGUACGGCGCUAAGGAAAGAGGAUAGGUCAUGAUCUCUUCAAAUAAGGGGUAGGGGGGAUACGCUAGGGGAAAAGGAUAGGUCAUGAUCGGAGAUAAAGAUAGAGGGGCUUAGGGUUGUUAUUUGCAAAGCGUUUCUAAGGCAGAACUUUGAUUUUCGGGGUGGCGUAAGUUAUUGCAGUGGGUCGUCUCCUCGAUUCUACGAAAGCGUCACGCAUCAAAAUGCAUGCUACAGGCAGCCAUGCACGUUAGCCUCAGAAACUACGAUAUGCGGUGGUGGGCGCAAGUGGAAAAACUCUGCGGGAGACAUAAAGUGUGCCGGCAGAGACUGUACCGCAGAGGCC